CAUUCUCAUCGUUCUCUGUGAACGGGCUCCCAGUGUGCGAAGAAUGAGAGCCCCGUGAUGACUUACCUCCAAGGGUUCAGUCGUGAUCGCAAACAAAAUUGUGCCCGUGAAGCAAGCCUCGCUGCAUGGACCUCCGCCAAGCCAAAUGUGAUAACCUGGUCUCGUUUCCGCAACAUCCAUCUCACUUCUGAUCUCUCGCACGAAUGAAUACCAGACGAGAGUAUCAUCAAACCACAUCUUGAGACCAAAGUCCCAUCGGAGGCCCAAAGAAAAACUCUCCUUCCACCGCAUACAAGAAAUCACUCAGGAGUUUCAAAGCACAAGAUGGCGCCACUUUCAUCCCGCAAGAAAGAUAUACUCUAUCUCACUUUCUUCUUAAUCCACAUCCCAAUAGUCUUCAUUGUAGACAUCUACCCCCUCUAUCCCACCCACAUCAUCCCCUCCUUCAUGACAGAACUCCGGACCUGGUACAUCGCGACCUACCGCGACCAAUUCUUCGUCUCCCCACCAGCCUGGUUCACGCUCUACGCCUGGAUGGAACUUCUCUACCACGUGCCACUUUCAGUCUGGGCUGUGGGAGCAUUGGUUCGCGAUGAUCCUUUGGUACCGUUGCAUUUGCUCGUCUAUGCAAUGCAAACUGCCAUCACGACGGCGACGUGCGUGGCGGAUUUCCUGAGCUGGAAGGGACAUAGUGCUGCGGAGAAAGUGGAAUUGGGCAAAUUGUAUGUGCCAUAUUUGGCGUUGAGUGUUUUCAUGGGGUUGGACAUGUUUGGCAGAUUGAAGAGGAGGCUGGGAGGAAGAAUUGUGGAGGGAAGAUUGAAGAAGGGGAACUGAGCAAUG